AAACAUUAUGUGACGGAGACACUUUCCAAGUGUCCAUGUUUCGAAGUAAUGUUUCCUUCGUCUAAAACAUUAUAUACGUUUACGAAACCCAGAUCACUCUCUCUCUCUUAAAUUCCUUUUACAGAAUCGUGCUGUAAAUUGUCUACGGCAACGGCGACGGACUUUCGAAUAAUUCUCCGGCGAAUAAUUUAGUGAUCCAAUUAGACAUGAGUAACAGCGAGCUCCUCCAAAUCGAACCUCUCGAACUUCAGUUCCCAUUUGAAUUGAAGAAGCAGAUCUCAUGUUCCUUGCAAUUAACAAACAAAUUAGAUAAUUACGUUGCCUUCAAGGUUAAGACAACGAAUCCAAAGAAGUAUUGCGUGAGGCCGAAUACCGGAGUUGUAUUGCCUCAUUCUACUUGUGAUGUGACAGGUCUCUCUCCAAGACUCUCUCCAUUUAUGGCGAAAAAAAUAUAAUAAUAAAAUAAAAUAAA